AUGGAGCCGGUUCGUGCGUCGGACGCGCCUUCGUCGCGCAACAAUGUAUUUUUUGAAUCAGUGCAUUUGCCGUCGCCUCCGAAGGCCAAGCCGCCACUGAAGCUCGACCGAAAGUUGCAGGGGCCACCGCGGCGGCCGACCGAGCUAUCGGCGAAGCGCGGGCACGUCAAGCGCCCGUCGUUUGGGCGCAUGUCGACGGAGCAGCGUGUGUCGGAGCACGAAAGGAUUCGUGCGGAUGACAGUGUAGAUAUCCGUGUCUUUCUUGAGCGCGAAUACAAGCUCGGCGAAGGACGCAACGCAGAAGUAUACCUCGGCGCCUACCGGGACACGCACCUGCACGAGGUGGACUGGGAGCUGUGUGCGGUGAAGCGCAUGCAGGUGGACCGCGAGUCGCAGCUCGCGGGGCUCGACGAGGCGUUUGCGCUGCGCCGCCUCGGGCCGCAUCCACGAAUCGUGCGCCUAAUUACCGUCAUGGACGAGGUGGGCGUGCGCGCCGAAGGCGCCGAGGAGUAUGUGCCUUCUGCGACCGACCUGCCCCGCCUCCUCAUUUUGCUCGAGCAUUUGCCGUUUACUAUGGCGACGUUCGUGCACCGCGAGCCACACGCCGUGGACCUCGAGCAGUGGAUGACAUGGGCGACGCAGCUUGCGAGCACCGUCGAGUGGCUCCAUGCGCGGGGCUGCGUGCACGGAGACAUCAAGAUGCAAAACGUCCUGCUCACGCACGACCUGCAAAUCAAGCUGUGUGAUUUUACCUCGGUUCUUUUUUCCAACGCGGCUGUGCCGGCGACCGACUGCCUGACGGUCGGCACGCCCCAGUUCCGCGCGCCGGAGCUCUUUACGACCUCGCGCUGGACGCCGCGCGAGGGCGAGGACGAUACGCAUCCGGCGCUCUCCUACACGCUCGACAUCUUUUCGCUCGGCGUGCUCUUGUAUUCCCUCGCGACUGGCGUCGAGCCGUCGCGCCGCGUGCGCAGCGUCAUGGCGAUGCGGCAGCGCCAGGCGCUCUUCUUCCAGUCGGAGGAGGACGAUCGGAUCGAGCGCAUGUCGAUCCAUGACGACGACGACCUGCGCUCAAGCCCGGCGACGCUGCGCGGCGUCGAGCGCUCGCCGGUGCGCAGCUCGUCGCAGAUGAGCGAUCGCUCGCUGCGCGUCGCGCCCGUCGCGAUCGAGCGCCUGCUUGACCCCUCGCCGCUGCCCCACGGCGUGCUCUCCACGGCGCCGCACAAGCCGGCAGCGGACGCGGCGCAGGUGCUCCGCACCAAGUCGCUCUCGGCGACCUCACGCAACGUGCACGGAAGCAGCCUGAACCGCUGCCUCUCUACCUCGACACACGAGCCCGUGUGGCGCACGCGCAUGCGCCCGGAGCGCACCGUGUCCGACACGGAGCGCCGCGUCGUCGGCCGUGCGCGGGGCGUGUCGCAGGGCAACUCGCGUGCGCCCCAUGCCGCGCUGCUCCCGCCGCUCGAGCUCGGGAGCGAGUCGCUGGUGUCGGCCAUGGACUCGGUCGUGCUGCAGGGCGAUGCGCCUGGGACACAUUCGCCGCUGCUACAAGGUGAUGCGCCUGGGACACGCUCGCCGUUGCUGCAGCCGCCGAAAGACCCUCGGCCGAUGCGUUUGGACGACCUGCAUCAGCCGUACCCGGACGGCGCGCCCGCGCUCAUCCUCCCCGGCGGAGGUCGGCUGCCCGACCAUAUCCGCGCGCUGAUCCAGCAGAUGGUCUCGCCCCACCCCGAGGAGCGCCCGAGCGCCGCCCAGGUCCUCGCCGCGCUCCACGCGCCAUAG